CCAGAAUUCAGCCACAGGCGUGACACAGGAGGCUCAAAACUCAUGCUGAUGCAGCGCGUGGCAUUCCUGCUCGCGGUGGCGCACGCCGCUGCGCGGCCGGCCGGCCCAAAGGCGCGGGCCCUGCCGCGGCAGCAAGCGGCCCAGCGGCGGAAGGGCUGGACGGCCAAGCUCAAGUUCCUGCGGGACGACUGGCAGGAAGCGGUUCUACGGCCGCGCGGUGGCGCGUCGUCGACGCAAGCCGCCCUCAGACCGCGCGGCGGCGCGUCGAGCCUCACGACGCUGACGCACGCGGCGCUCGGCGCGGUUUUUGAGGCCGGUGCCCUCCUCGGCGUCGUCAAGGCCGCGCGCGCGUUGCCGCCGGGCGCCUCGUCAGCCAUCGCGAAGCUCAAGAUCCUGCCGAGUGACACCAUCAAAGGGCUGCCGGCCGCCGAGUGGUUCGCGUGGUGCGUCAUAAUCUUCGGGUCGUCGGCGGUCGGCUCGGCGGUGGACGGGUCGCUGCGCGCGGCCACGAACCAGAUCUUGAUGCCCACGCGCGUGGCGGGCGAGCAGGGCUGGUACGCUUCUUUAGACAAGCCGCGCUGGGAGCCGCCGGGCUUCGUCUUUCCCGUCAUGUGGUUGCUCGUGUCCAAGCCGACGCAGCUGCUGGCCGUGGCCAAGGUCUGCUCGUCUGGUACAAGCGAGGGCGAGGAGGCGGCAGCUUUACCGUGGGUGCCGCAGCUCGCGGCGUACUGUCUGCACCUCGCGCUCGGCGACGCGUGGAACAAGGUCUUCUUCGGCCAGCAGAAGGUCGCAGCGGGCGCGCUGAUGAUCACGGUCUUUUAUGGCGCGCUCCUCGCGUCGGCGUAUUUAUUUGCCCAGGUCGACGCGACGGCGGGCCUAUUGAUGGUCCCGACGUGCCUCUGGGUAACGGUGGCCGCUGCGCUCAACUGGUCCAUCUACUUCCGGCUGGGCGGCGCGGCGUCGAGCGACUCGGAUUAAGAGUAUUAUAGUUAGG